CAAAUUGAUUUCAACGUAAAUGAUACCCAAGAAAAUGAAGCAUUUGGCCACUCAAUUGCCGAACGCUGCAAAGAUGUUGCUGUGGAAAUGGCAGCUCCCAUGGUUUGGCACUUUGCUGUUACUUGUCCUUGUAGGUUGCCAAAAGCUGCCCUCAGGCGCGCCAAAGCUCAGUUCCAGAGGCGCACCCGUGCGUGCGGUUGGCGAUGCCAUUGCCGAGCUGGAGAUCGGUCCCCAUGGUAAUCCCAGCUCGCUGCUGAAAAUCUUCAAUCCCGAUGCACAGCGUGUCGGGACGCCACUAUCCCCUGCCAUCACCCUGGAGCUAAAGGGCAUGCGACUGCUCCUGCGCAGCCAUGCCGCAGCAGCGGCUGUUAAGAAAGUUGUCAUGGAUGACUCAUGAGUGACUCAUGAGUGUAUGUACCAUAUUGGAAUAACAAUUGCUUGGCUUGUAAAGACCUCCGAAUGCACCGUUAGUGAAAAGUUCAUUCGCCCUGGU